GCGUGACUGUUGGGUACUUUUGUAGAUGUACAGUCACAAUUGUGGCAUAGAUUACCCCGUCCGUUAGUGUUGGAGAGUGGGAGGGAACAAGAGGGGGAAUCGUUUCCAGGUUCAGGGUCUGACACACUGAAGACUAACCUGUUGUACUCAAGCAUAAGAGGAGGGCAGAUGGAAUGGUGAUUUAGAGAUCUACACACAAGUCGCUUUAUGAGGGACGUACGUUGAUUUCAGAAGUUUUCCUCAAUUUCUUUACCAUAUUCUUAAAUCGUAAAUUUCAUAACAUUGUGUCGUUGAGAAAGAGCACAACAGAAGUUUUAUAAAUGAGAAAGGCUAUGAAAGUAUCCAGUCAGUACUGUAGUAGCAAUAAGCAAAAAAGUGAAAACGAGGACAGCAUUCAUUACUCAGACGGCAGUGACAGCAUAGGAUCGACAGAGGAGUGUAUUACAACCGGAAAAGGGAACAAGAAGUCUACUAAUAAAAAGUGUCGGAUCGUAACUCCGGACGACGGGGAGUUGGAUCUAAACCAAACCGAUUUUUUAUUCGAAUCCCAACCGAAACAAAGGCUGGCGGCCAAUGCACGGGAGCGGGAUCGAACCCAUAGCGUCAACACGGCUUUCGUGACGCUUCGGACUUUGAUCCCGACGGAACCUGCUGACCGGAAGUUGUCCAAAAUUGAAACUUUGAGAUUAGCGACGAGCUACAUCGCUCACCUGAACACUGUAUUAAUGGUGGGGUCUGAGUGUAUUGACCAACCUUGUGUAAAACACCAAGCGAUGUUACGUGGGGGACUGGACAAUAUACCUAAACCCGUAUGUACUUUCUGUCUCAGCGCGUCCAGGACUCGAACGAUGAAACCCGAGAGUUGUAUGUACAAAGAUGUCCGACCUGGGAUGCAAGUCCGGAGAUGACGAUGUGAAACCCAACGGACAUUCAAUGAAUACAAUAAUAUGCAAACCGAACCAUGAUCCGGGUUUUUCGGUUACGGACAUCAUAAACAACGACAUCGACAAGAUUUGAGCAAGUCUUUGAUCUACUUUAGUAUGUUAAUAUUUAACUCGGCAAAACUUAAAAUCUCUCUCAUUCUCACUAUAGUUAUCGGGAUCAACUAAAGAUAGGAAUAUUUAUAAUAAAGAUAAUAUAAAGAUCACGUUCUUUAUUAGUCACUGGCUUUAUGACAGAGUAAUGCUUAAGAGAUAUGGAGGAUAUCUCUCUCAAAUUAAUAUCAGGAUUCAACGGGCAAUUCUAAUAGUCAAACCGUCGGGACCUGGGUAGUAUAGAUGCAUAUGUAAGUUCAUGAUUAUGUGUGGGUUUUUUUUUUUUGUUUUUUUUAUAUGUUUCACUAGUUCAAUAUGAUUUCAUUCAUUUGCUGAAAGAAUAUCCACGUAGUUCAAUGCAAUAUACGUACGUGGGACCCAAACCAUGUCAUACAUAUAUAUAAUACUCUAGGAGAAAUAGAUACUAUCACUGGUAAAACAUUACUGCCGAGAUUGAUUUAAGAUUGUUUUGGUGACAAUACGUGCUGUUAGUGAGAAGAGCUACUUGCUCGACAACAGUAUGAUUUAAAGGAUACAUCGCAAUAACAUAUUUGACACGGACGAAGAACUUCAAUUGUGAGUGCUGAACAUACUUCAUAACUAUGUGCCUGUCUGUAUCGCUUUUCCUGGAGAGUCUUUGUGAAAGAAAAAAUAAUAAUUUUAGAAGUUACAGAUCAUCGAUCGGACGAUGAUUUGUGAUGGCGCCAUUAAGCAUGCGCACUCACCUGUCUGUGUGUCUAUAGUAACAACGAGGUGCGUCAAAAUCAAUGGUUUCGCUGAUAAAGUACUUGCAAUUUAUAAAGUUAUAACAGAAAUAAAUAUUCUACGAAAAGUAUGACCAGGCAACAGUUAUAAUAAUAUAUACUUGGUCAAAUAGACGCCAUUAUCGUGUUACUAUGUCAUUUUUAAUUUCACUCAUUUGUUGCCUAUUGAAGACGACUAAGAAAUUCAAGCUUCAUUCUGAGAAUGAUUUUAAUUUGGAAAAUAUUACUACUUCUAAUUAAUCAAAUUUCGAAUUCUGACUUGACAAUCUUGUGGUCCAUGUCAUCAAUAUUGGUGAAAAUUGAUUUUAAAUCCUGCUGGAUGUAUCAUAGCCGACAUCACAAUGUAGUCUCGUUCAGUCAGACGCUUGAUCACUUAGUAAUUAUGCUCGAAUAACAUGCACAGACAACAAGAGUUUGGUUGAACGUUUAAUAUAACUUUCUGGAUGAGAUUCAAUGGAUGCUAUCUUUAAAAUAGCCAGCGACUGAGAACUGUUCUGUGAGCUAUCGAAACUUGACUAAGGAAACAGAAGUUUUUGAAAGUACGCAAUCACAGUUUGCUAUUGCUGUUUGUGUUAAAGAUAAACAUAAUUCUGGAUAGUUUACUUGACAUACAAAAAUAAUAAAUAGGAAGAGUGUUUCCAUCACAUACACAUUUGUUGUAAUUUAAUUAAUUGUAAUGAUAUGAACCAUCUAGUUUAUCAAUUUAUAUGUAUUACAAUAGUUUCACGUACAAUGUAAUAGCUGUUUUGGGGUGGGUUUUUUUUUCAUUAUGGAAAGUAAGUUUCUCAGUUAUGUUGUAAGGGAAGUAACUCACAGAGCUACAUGUAUAGAUAUUAAGACGUAAUGAUAUUGGAUUUUUAACUUCAUGAAAGUUUGUCUGCUAAAAUUUACAUUAUUGUGUUGAAUAUUUCAUACCAUGACAGAGGUUUAUUUAAGUAAUGACCGAUAGAAUAAAUUGAUUGUGAAUGAA